AUGAUCGGAACACGAUAUGCGUACAGGCCACCCGUCGCAAAGACAGCUCAGACAGGAGACACCGCUACUGCCAGUACAAGGGCCAUAGUCGCGGGUGAGGGAGAGGAGCAGCAGCCCGGCGAUGACUGGGACAGCGAAGACUACCCUCCAGCACCGGAAGAACUCCUCCGCUCGAUCGUGCGGCCUAGCACGCCGGAGAAAGGCGACCGAUACUAUGCCUGGCAAUCUUACCACGACCUGCCCCGGAAUCAUCCCGUGUUCUACUACACCCGCGAGAUGCGGGAGAAGCUGUAUGAGAAGGGCGUCGGUUCGUUGGUCCUUCUCGUCCAAGCAUUCAAACUGCGGACACAUCCUGUAGAGAAGGCCGAUGUGGAUUUCCGGCUUCGUGGAACUCUGCACGGCACAAUUGGGAAGCCAAUCACAAAAGGUCUCGUGAACCGUGCCAAAGGCACGCUUAGCGGGUUUGGGACGAUGGCGAUGUGGACCCAUUAG